UUCUGCGGAUGACGGGCAGCAAUUUCCGGAGUUCAAAGGCAAGGUGAUCAAACGCGGUGAUGCUGACUACGAGGCUCAAAGCUAUCAAUAUGCUUCGAGCUCAUAUUUGGAUGAGGGCAUCAUUCAACCGGCGGUUAUUAUAAAGGCAGCAGACGACAGUGAUGUAAUCAAAGCCAUCAGAUAUGCGAGAGACAAAAAAAUCGCUGUGGCUGUGCGCACAGGAGGUCAUCAAUUUAGCGGCGCGUCGUCUACAAAUGGAAAAAACAUUCAGCUAGAUUUAUCCCAGACAUAUAAGGAUUUUAAAUGUGACAAUGAGAAUUGCACAACGUUUAAUUCCAAACUUAGGGAAAAAAAUCGAUUUGUGCCACAUGGUCAAUGUCAGUACGUCAAUAUGGGUGGACAUAUUCAAACUGGAGGAUACGGUCAGUUGACCAGAAGUUUCGGGCUCCUCUCUGAUCAUGUCAUAAAAUUCCGCUUGAUUACUGCUAAUGGUCAAGUGCAGUGGGUUCGUCGCAACUUUGACCAGGACCAAGAUUUGUUUUUCGCUGUAUUGGGUGGUAGUCCUGGAAAUUUUGGGGUACUUACUCACGUCACACUUGAUGUCUUUAGAGACGAAGACUACCCGAACUCUCGAGGUCUCAGAGCUGAAUACCCAUAUAGCCGUCAGCGUCUCAAGGCCUUGUUGGAUAUUAUGGUGGAAAUGGUCGAAGAUGAAAAUUUUCCAGCUGAUUAUGACUAUUGUAUCACAGUGUCUAGCGAGCCGAAGUUUGAUACUAUGGAAUUAACAUACGAUAUGAUAUAUGAUCAUGGCCCAUCAGUGGUAGCUUGGCCUCCAACGAUCGUUGUUUUCGCACAGUGGGCCAAUCUACAAGGACAUCAGCAAAGUUACAAUUCGAACUUCAUCAAUAAAAUUCGACAGGUGGCCGGGAAAGGGAUAAUCCAAGUCAGUGACAAGGAACACACACCAAUGUCUACAUUGACUGGUCAUUGGUUUUUUCCAAUCACUCGAGAGUUUAAAUAUCCGUACGUCAAGCGUGUAUAUGCGUCCAAUUCCAGUGCCCAGAGGCUCAAGAAGUUCGGGUGGACGGACUGGAUUACCGGUCGAAUCGAAGAUGGGGCAAAGUGGAAGAAUUUAAAAUUGAAUGCACAAUUUCAGCAUUUUGGUGGUAUCAACUCAAAAUUUUAUCAAAAUGGAAAGAACAGUCCCACGUUAUUCAGUUGGCGAGAUACGCGCAUUUAUUGCUUGCUGAAUGCAUUUUACCAUGUUUACCUUCAUGAGCAGGCAAUAAAGUGGCAGCAAGGAAACGAUGAAGGGGUUGGUAAGCCGGAGUCCCCAUUUUGCGAACAAGAUCAUCGCCUUUUGUGGGGUUCUUUCAAUUUGGACUUGAGUGCUACUCAGCAGUAUUAUUACGACCAACAACCAGAAGGAAAGUAUGAUCGACUGUGCAACAUCAAAAAACUUAAUGAUCCGUUGGGCGUGUUCACUCCAAACAGAUUUUGCAUCUGCCUCCCGCCUCUGGAAAUACAACCUUCGGAGACCGCAAAGAGGGAAAUUGGCACUAUGGAACUCAAGAAAGGUAAUUCUACAGACAAAUGA